AAACGAUAUGAAAAGCCCUAAGGGGUGAAGACAAAAAACAAUUUAAUCAAAGCUUUCUAUUGCAAUUCCAUAAUCCUUUGAUAUCAUUUUCUUUUAAUUUGUAUUGAAUUUAAGUUUGAUUAUUCGUUGGAUCGAAAAUGGAGGACGAUAAGAAGAAGAAGAAGAGAAACAAGAAGAAUAAAAACAAACAGAUUAAAUCCGCAGAAGAAGAUUUAGAUCGCAACAAUAACAAUAAUGUCAGUAAUUCCCAGAAUAUACACAUUACCGAGCUGGAUCUGGAACCGGACACGCAUCGCCGUAAUAGCGCUAUACCCAGUUCUGCGGAAGAUAUGAUUAAAAAAUUACAAAAAGAGACAGAAUCACAUAUAGAGAAAGAGGCUACUUUGCAAGAGACGAUCCAACACUUACAAAAGGAAAAUGAAUCAUAUAUACAGAUGCAGGUUACACUAGAAGAGACAAUCUACCAAUUAAGAAAUGAGUGUGAUUCACACCUAAAGAAAGAGGCUUCCUUAGAAGAGAGUAUCCUGAAAUUACAACUGAUAAACAAUUCACACCUACAAAAAGAGGCUUCUUUAAAGGAGACAGUCCUACAGUUGCAAUCUGCAAAUGAAUCACACAUACAAAAAAUGGCUGCUUCAGAGAUGGAUAUCAUCAGAUUACAUAAUGAAACAGAGUUGUGGCUUCAAGAAAAGGCCGUAUUGGAAGCGGAAAUCAGUCAGUUGCUGGAGGAAAAAGCUGCUCUGGAUCUGAAAGGGGCGAACUUGGAGGAAAAUAUUAAAGCACUAGAGAAAGAGAAGGAUUCUUGGAUUCUGACAGAGAAUUCCACAAAAGAAACAAUUUCUAUCCUUAAUCGCGAUAUCACAAGACUAACGAUGCAGGUGCUUGAGUUGGAAGAAUCCAGAAGCAAGCUUUUGCAAGAAAAUCAGCAGCAAACAAAUACUGCAUCUAGUUUGCAGUUGCAUAUUCAAAACUGUGAGAGGAACAUCACCUCUAGCUCCUCAUCAGAUGAAGUUAAAAAGCAAGCUUCUUAUAUCGAGGACCUGAACUCUCAAAUUGAAGCAGCAAGUGUUCUUGUUGAGAAAUUGGUCAUGGAGAAUACAGAGCUUGUUGAGAAGGUGAAUGAGUUAUCUGUUAUUCUUGAGCGACAAACAGAAGGACAUUCAACGGUCAUUGAAAUGCCCAAUCCUGGACCUCACUUCGUUGGCAAUGGCUCUAUAUCAUCUCCAAAGUUGUAUUCUCUAGAAGUUGCUCAAAUUAACGAGGGCAAAAUUGAUGGUGUGAGUGCAGACGGGCAACCUACUGCCCAACUUCCACUCGCUGUAGAGUCCGAGGAUUCGGGAGAAAUUUUGCAAAUUCCCCUGGAUGAUACUGAUGCAAGGGGUCCCGAACCCCAGUAUAUUGAGAGUGAAAAUAAGACUGUACCAUUGACAGAUGCUCCCCUGAUUGGUGCUCCGUUCCGGUUAAUAUCAUUUGUUGCUAACUAUGUUACUGGUGCGGACAUGGUUAACAAUACUUCAAGCUCGGAAUCUUAGCUUAGAUGCAGGAUUCUUAUACCAUUAUUCAGUACUUAACAUACGUGGUAUACUUUUGAAGUAGAGAUUCCCAUUGUCGACGUUGUUUUUACGCAGGAAAAACGUAUCUGGCGAGAGGAUAACACCAUUUGCAAUAAUCUGAAA